GGGGAGCUUUGAUUUACAUAUAUGACCCUCCAAUACAUUCUAUUUACGGAAAAAAACCCAAGGCCUGGCAGCACUCUCUUCUCAUUCCUACCGCUACAGGUCUCCAUUUUCCUCUGAUUUUCCUGCAUUUCUUGAAGAGACCCGUUUAUUUUUGGCCAAUUGGGUGUCUGUUUUUGCACGAUCCGGAUUGAUCCGUGUAAACGUCGUUUCUGGGUUCUUGAAUUCAGUAACCGAAUGGAGAGUGACAGCGAUCGAUCCUACGAAAUCCUCUUAAGUGAAGUGUUGUUAUCUGAAAAUGAUUUGCAUUUUCCUGGGUUUUCUUUGUGAAGCAUUGAACUUUUCACUACAAGUAUUGAAAGGAGAAAUCUGGGAAAAUAUUUAGUGGAAAUAGUUGAUGGAGAUGAUGGGAUUCAAUGGAUGACAGACGGGUUGAAUUUAGCAGAGAUGAGCCGCUCUCCUUCAUUUUCUUUGAAAACGGAAUCCAACCCGAAGCUAGACCUGAAAUCAUUGAGGCAGUGGGUUGUUGCAUUUUGCAUUAUCAAGUUUGAUCUUGAGCAGGGUCAGCUAAUUGAAGAGUGUUACCCACCUGGCUGUCUUACACAAGAUGAGGAGCUUGAAGUUGCGUUUAGUUCAUUCCCAGACUCUGUUUCCCAGCACCAGAAUCGCUCAAGCAUCCAUGAUUGUAUCUUCUUUUUCCGGUUUCAAAGAAGGGAAAAUUCUCAACGGGGGAAAGUGUCUUCAUCUGAAAUAACUGAGAUUGAGGACAAGGAACAAUCUCCAAAGUUGGUGGAUCAAGUAAAGAGAAUGAAAAAUACCGGUGACUGUAAAGGUGCGAAAUAUUUGUAUGGUUAUGUGUUUAAUAGGCAGAGACAUGAUGAGAGACUAAAGCGAGGUGGGGAUCAAAGAUCCGUAGUGAUAUUGUCUCACAAUCCUUACUCCAGUGUGUUUAGACCUUUGUUACAAAUCAUGGGUCCUCUGUAUUUUGACAUUGGAAAGAAAGCUCUAGAGCACAUAGCUUCUUAUGUUUCAAUAUGGCCUGCUCCAAUACCUGGUAAGUUAAUGGAACUUCCUAUUGGUAAUGCAAUGCUUAAGGUGAACUUGCCGCCUGCUCAUAGCUUGCCCUCAGACAGUGGAGUGCUGUUUGAAGAGUCUAUCUCUUCAAUGGCUCCUUUUCUUCCUACGAAUCAAUCAGUUCCACAGGGUCUUUUCCAUGAUUCAGAUCUUUUUGGUAUAUUCAGGGGCCUACUCUUGCAACUUUGGGUGUUGUGGGAGUUGUUACUUAUUGGUGAACCUAUUCUUAUUAUAGCACCAACACCGCCCCAGUGUUGUGAGGCUGUUGCUGGUCUUGUUAGCCUGGUUGCACCACUGCUUUGUAGUGUUGACUUCAGGCCUUAUUUCACCAUUCAUGACCCAGAAUUUGCCCAUUUAAACUCUCUUCAAGAGGGAGAUAUCUUUCCUCCAAUGGUUUUGGGUGUGACAAACCUCUUUUUCCUCAAAGCUCUUCGUAUUGUCCCCCAUGUAGUUUCAGUUGGAAGCCCUUCUCCUAAUUCAAACCGGCCUGUCCUUGCUGCUAGAUCCUCUACUGGGAGAUUUUCUGCUAGGCCAGAAGGCUUUGGUCUUCAACAGCUUUCGCUAAGGAAGUUUUCCCCCUCUAAUUUGUUGAGUGCUGUUAAGUUGAGGAGAGAGGGUCCCCUUUGUCUCAUGACAGAACAUAAGGAAGCCAUUUGGACUACCUAUGCUGCAACAACCAAGCCAGACACUUCUAUUUUGAAUAGGCUUAUUGAUGCAGGGAUGUCACCAAGGGUUGAGGAGUCAAUGUCGGUUGUUAAUAACGAGAUAUUACGUCGCCAUUUUUUGGAGCUUACUACAAACUUUUUGGCCCCUUUUGGACCAUAUUUUAGAGUUAUCACUCCUUCUGAAGGAUCUUCUCCAUUUGUUGAUCCUCCUUCUCUUACUCCUUUCAAUGCCGAUGAAUUUCUUGGAAGCUUAUCGGCAAGAGGCCCAGGGAAGUUUUUAUCAAAGCGGAUGAGAUCUAACUGGCUGGACCUGUAUAGGCGAUUUUUGAGGGGCCACAACUUCAUGCCAUGGUUUCAAAGAAGGCGUGCUGUUGCCGAACAAGAACAACAUAGACUAUGGAGGCAGGCGAGAAUGAAUACUGACAUACAACAUUUUAUAUCUAAGAUGUCUGAACUGGAAAUUGUCGAUUCUUUCAAUGCCAUUGAGAGACAUCUUCUUGGAGAAAUAAAGCUGCUGCAAUCAGAAAGGGGUAAUCCAGACUCUGCAGCAACUUUCCAGAAACUGAAGGGUGAUCUACAGGCAGUAUUUAAUUUGCUUCCCAAGGACAUGCAGCAGCUUCUGCUUCUCAACCCACAAAAGGCAGCUCUUCUACAAGGAAGUCUUGAAGUGAUGGAACUUCCCCCCGGGCACCAAACCACAGAAGUUGGGGUUGUUGCUUCCGCUUCUCCCAGAUAACAUUCAAGGCAUGGUUAAGAAUCAGACAGCAUUUGGCAAAGUGGGUCUUCUAAUGUUGUAAAGCCACGACAUAUUGCAAUCAUUUCACAGCAUCAUUCUGUCACUGGAUUGGGAGAACUCUGUUCAGGGCAUAUUUGUUCACCUAGGUCAGACUCACUUCCUCUCAUAAUUCUCGUUUCUUUCUCAAUCCUGUUCUUUUAACUUAAUUAGAUUUUCUUUAUUUUACUUUUGUCAUCUUUCUCUUCAUAAACAGGGACAAUAAUCACAAGCAUGCCCGCUUAGCUCUCAACAAGAAGCCUUUAAAGUUUUUGUCUCCAUGGGUCAAAGACAGAUUGAGCGAGGUCAUCCAGAACCAGUGGGGAGAGUUGGUGCUGUCUUUCUAGUUGAAGUAGAGGACUCAUGUUUCAGUUCUGAAGGAGCUGUAAGCUGCUAGUCUGUAGAAUAACUGGGCAGGAGCCCUGGAAUUGUUAUAAUUUCAAUGUUGUUUCUGUUUUUGCAA